UCUCUCUCUCUCUCUCUCUCUCUCCCCAUGGCUACAGGAAGAGUAGCUUCUCCAACACAAUUCUUCAUAGUCCUUCUCCUAGUUCCUGGCUUAUGCUGUGUAGGUUGCAAUGCCAGGGAUGAUCAUCAUAAACAUUGUGAACCUUCGGUGUGUGGCGAAAUACGUAACAUAAGCUACCCUUUCCGACUAAAACAUGAUCCAGAGAAGUGCGGUGACUCAAGGUAUGAGUUGUCUUGUGAGAACAAUCUAACAGUAUUAUACUUGUAUGCUGGAAAAUAUUAUGUACAGGCAAUCAAUUAUAGUAACUACACAAUCCGAGUUGUGGAUGCCAAUCUUCAUAAGGAUAACUGCUCUUCAAUUCCCCAUUAUUCCUUGUCCAUGUAUAACUUCAGUGAUGGGGAUCCGUAUCUGGUUUCUCAAUUGAGAGGUACAUGGAGGGACCUUUUUCAUGACAAUUUUGAACUGUCAAAGCCUAUAAUAUUUUUGACCUGUGAAACCCUGGUGAAUUCAACUCUCUAUGUGGAUACUGCUCCUUGCAUUGGUUCUAUGAGUAGUUCCAAUUCCAAUAGGCAUUCAUAUGUUAUAGUGUUGGACGAAUAAAAGCUUCAGAUUUUAGGGAGUUU